CGUAUAGUGCUUUUCUCUCUCUCAAUCGUUUACAUUCUUUUGUUUCAUUGUGUGGUCGUGUUGUAUUGACACAUUCUCUAUCUAUUUGCCUAUAGUCAGUGUCAUUUGUACCGACAUAUGUAGAUCUUUGAUUGGGAGAACCAACGAAGCCAAAGAGCAAAAAAAAACAGAAACAAACCAAUAAAUUUCUUCAGCAUCAACACAAUUUCUUUUGUGUACCGAGUACAAGGCGCAGAGUGAAAAGUGUUAAAAAAAAUCGUGUAAAAAUACUUGAAAAUUAGUUUAAAAAAUGAAAAAUUUAUAACAUAAAGGAGGAUUCAUUUUGAAAGGGUGGUGUUGCGGUGCUUUUUGUGAUGUUGUUUGUACUAUUUUUCAUCGCUUGUAUCGUAUCUGCACGAAGAAUGAAUUGACGUGUUUGAUGCUAUUUAGAUUGAAAAGACGCCAGCACACACAUUCAAUCACACACCGUACAACGAGAUAAAAAAAAAUUGGUUUACACACAUUGACUUGUCAAAAAUGGUUUCUCCUGGGAAUAUGCUCGAUUCAUUUUGUACUGUACAACGAUAAGAAAACGAAAACAGUCUACAAUUGUGCUCAAGAAUGUUUCAGUACAUUUCAGUAUUUUUGUGACGUAUUUGAUCAUAUUGUCGAUUGAUUGAUUCCGUAAAUACGAAACAAUAAUUUUAUUGCAUCUUUUUUUUUGGAGGGGUGUUGAAUUGCAAUGACAUGAUACCAGCUCCGAAAGUAAUGUUACGACAAAUAAAAAAAACUUUUGACUUACGUUGUACUUCUGCUCGUCGCAUUAAUUUACCAUCGUGUUCAUUUCAUGUACGUGGUUAUUGAUUUGAAUAUGGCUUAAUCGGUUUUUUUUCGCAUCAUUUGUGUUGUUCAUGUCCUUCCGUUCAAUUUUUUCGGUUGCAAUUAUAAUUUCAUUUUCGGUGUGAACACGAUUAUGUGCGCGCAUUUUAUGUGACAUGUUUGCAUUCAAUAACAAAUAAAAGAAUGAACAUACGAGAUUUUUUGUUAUAACGCAAUGUACACGAAACACACAAAUUGGCUGGCUGUUUGGCACCCACACACAUUUACAACCAAUGAACAUUGUAUAACGUGAAAGGAAUGGGGUACAUGCCAUAAUAUUGCAAUUUGCGUGCUCAUUUGAUAAUAUGUGGCAAAUACGUGCCAUUUCACUGUGCAAACAUUAAAUUGCGACGAAUAGCGAGACAUUUUUUUUUAGCGACAAUGAAAAUUCCAGUGGAAAAUGUGCCAACAAGUCAACAAACAAGACACAAAAAUCACAGCCAAAAUAAUCGAAUUAAGUGUGUAGAAAAUUUUCCAAAUGUUUGUCAAUUGUUGAGCUAUUAUUAGUGCUGUAAAAAAGAAAAGCGUAUACCAUAAAAUCACAUUUGGCAAGAAAGUGAGGGACGGAGUGACGCGGAGAUAGAGACACUGUGUGACAGAGAAAUAAACGGAGAUAACUGUGAACUUAAUCAAGUUGGAAGAAGCGAGUGAAAUCAUAAGCCCGUGCAAAAUAUGAUAUGAAUCAAAUCCAAGGGUGAUUUACAGGGAUAUCGGUCCACAAUGUCAGUUUAUACAGUUUGACGAGUAAUUGUUUUGAUCCUUCUGCAAUCAAUCAAUUAUUAUUAACGGUGAUUGUUUUUUGGUUUAGAUGUAAACAUAUUUUUUUUUUGUUCGAAUUUGUCUGGCUCAAUGAUGUCGUUGCCAAUUUCAAUGAAAAAAAAGCCAGACUGCGACGUUGAAUAAGUAUUUGCGGAUUUAAGCUGAUUCUUAUGAUCAAAGCGAAUUAUAUAUGAAUAGCCCAUAAUAAUAACGCGGUGGCUUACAAAAGCACUCUAAUCCAAUCGAAGUUGAAAGACGAAAACGUAUACAACGAAGAAAAAAUAUACUAUUUUUUGUUCAACAUAAUCAACCAUUAUAUCAACAUGACAUCAGAAACUGAUUACCACCAAUUUGAGCUGAAAGAUCAGAAGCGUCCGAUGCGGCCAAAAUUGUUGAAAUUAACGGAUGACGGUCGCAGCAGGAAAAAGAGUAAAUUCAAGCUAAAAGAUCUAACGGCUCAGCCAAGGUACGCCGAUGAUCCAGCAUAUACAGCGGAUGUUCGUCAUUUGGCAUUACCAAUGCGUCGUAACAGUGGUCCAGAUUCGGCUCGACGUAAAUCCUGUUCGCUUUUGGAUGCGAAAAUAUUUGAUCGUGAUACCGAAAAAUACAAUACAAUGCACAUUUUACCACGAAAAAAGCAAUCCAACCAAACCUUUAAAUAUGAUGCAAAACAAAAAAUACCACUCAACGAUAAAUAUGCGAAAAAUUUUCGCUCCGAAGAUUCAACCAGUUCGGAUGAAUCGAAUUAUGUGCGUCGUGGCCAAAGUCUCGACCGCAACAUUUACAAACAACAAAAGAAAAUGCUAUGCUUUCAGCGUGAAAAAGAGUCACAAAAUCGUCGUGGAUUCGAUAAAAUUUAUUACCGCAAGGCAUUUAGCAAAGAGAAUUUACUGAUGAAAAGUCCACGCUCAAUCAAUGAAUUUGCAAGCGAUUUCUACGACGACGAACCAUUUUUGAAUGACACACAGCGUUUGUCACGUAUGAAAGAGCGUCCAAAACAAUUAUCAUCAAUGUUAUCAUUGAAUGAUCGAAAGUAUUCAUCGUUGGCUCGCAGCGAAGCACAUUCAUUUGAACAAUUAGAUCAACAUCAAAAGACCAAGGAAAUGAGUAAAUUUCAAAUCGGAAAGCGAUUUUUGCGCGGUGAAAUUGGCAUAAAAAGCUUUAAUUACUAUUUGUUGAAGGAAAGUCUAAAAUCAACGAAAAAAUCAACGGCCAAAUUUCGUUCGGCGUCCGUCAACAAUCAAACGAUUUCAAAAAGCGAGGAGAAUAUUUAUGAAGAGAUUUUUUACACCGAUAAAAAGCAACCACAAAAGCUAAACAAAGCGAAAAAUUUGAUCAAUUAUCCGGAUUGUGAGCUGUGCAUUGCAGAGUGUACGAAUAAAAAUUGUGACAUUUGUAAGGCUAGUGAACAAAGAAAAGAAUCGAUGAAUGGUCGAAAUUCAACAUCGUCGGGAGUGGCAAUGGCGAGUGGUAAAUUAAAAACACCGCUCGAUGAAAAUCGAAGCAUUGGCGACCACGACAAACUUCGUUCGUCCGAUUCACAUGAAAGUAUUAGCAAUAUUAUUCAAACGGCCACUCCCAAUGUCCUACAAUAUCAAUCAUAUAAUCCAAAGAAUCCAGGCGUUUUUAAAAUUGAAACAACACCAGUUGCAUUCACCAGUGAUUACAAUCCAAUUGAGGAAAUUUAUCGAUUACAGAAAUAUGCACCGAUGCACAAAACAAUUGCACAAAAGAUAUCAUCGUCAUCGAGUGAUUCGUUGCAUCAUCAUCAAAAGUAUACGAAACCCUCAAUUAAAAGCAACUUUUAUGAUUUGAACAAUGAGCAAAUUUAUGCUCAACAAUUGCGGCCACAAAUUUAUAAAACCGAUUCAAAGGCAUCCAUUUUAAGUGAAAUGUCUGUCAAGAGUGAGAAUUCCAAUAAUCGCUACUAUAAACAAGCUGAAAUGAGUGAUUCAAGUAUGGGAGAUUCAAUGUUUUCGUAUCCGGCACAACGACGAUAUUACGGAAGUGCGGAGAGUUGUCAAUUCGGUUACGAUUGUCAACCGUGUGCCGAUGGUGAAAAAUGUAGCUUCUCCGAUAAUUGCCGUUAUGAAUGUCGAAAUUGUGAUUGUUCAUCAAGUUACUUUUCAUCGGACUUUGAUGAUGGCAACUUUAGUCGAAAAAGUAGCGCACGUAUGUCGAACAACAGUCAGAUUUCGAAUUAUAAUGAUGACAUGCAAAACAUUGACAUUAAAGCAAAUCGCUAUGCCGAAGAUUUUAUGAAACAUUUGAGUAAUGUGAAAAAGACUUGCAGCUUUCAAGCCGCUACAAAUGCAAAUAAUCAAUUGCACACCAUUAACGUUGGAGGCAGAGAUACGAUUUGCCCUCCCGCAGAUUAUGGCAGCGUUACAAAGCAAAAAACUUCAAAUGCCAACACAACCAAAUCGACGACAACCACUACCACCACCUCCACUACAACCAAAGUAAAAGAUCCUUUGGAAGACUCAUCGAAAAAAUCGAUGUCGACAUCGUCAUCGGCAAAAAAUAGCAGCAGCAGCACUAAAUCAGAUAACAAUGGCAACAAAACUACACCAUCAAUGGGUACUAAAACUCAAAAUCUGAAAAGCAAUCCUGACAAUAAAAACAAUGAUGACGAUCAGUUGAACGAUGACGUAUUCGAACGGGAAAAUGUCAUCUCCAACGAAAAAGUGGAUUCAAAUCAAUCGAACAAAAUGCUAUUGAACAAAGCAACAACAUCAACAGCAUCUUUGUUGGAGCAUGGUCAAAAUGCAAACGCAAGCGGUACGCAAAAUACAGAUGCUAUUACCGUUUCUACUGUCGUAUCGGUUGCGAAUCCAACAAUAGCGCCAUCAUCAUCAUCAACAGCGUCACAGUCAAGCUCCACAGAUGAUAAUAAACAAGAAACGACAGACAAUACGUAUACAUCAGUGUGUACAGUCAAAUCAACUACAAUUGCUCCAUCAACGAACCAGUCGCCGAAGCUGCAGCACGAUGAUGGAAACGGCAACAAUGUUGGCACCACCACGCGAACAGAUAGCAAUAGCAACGGCAACAAGACAACGCAAGCAUCCAUAACAACGCUCGCGACAACAACUGAAUCAAAAUAUACCGAACUGAAGACUGUUGACACUAGUGUUGUUUCAGAGUUCGCAGGUGAUGCGUCGUCGAUCAGAGACAAAAUAAAUACGAUUCCAAAGAGAACGAUAACAAAAUCGACACCCGCACACAAUACAACAAUUUAUGAUGGCCAAAUAGUGAAACGUAAUGCGACCGAUACACCAGCUAAUGCUAAAGUAGACCGACGUAUACGAAAACCAAUCAUCGAACAUUUUACAUUGCCAUCGAGCUACAAACACAAGAAACGGAUACAUUGCGAUCGAAAGAAUGCCACACUCGAACGAAGUUCAACCAAAAAAAAUACGGUUGAACAAUUGGUGAAUGAAACAACAACGACUGUGACCACCGCACAGAAAGCGAACAUUGAAACGACGAAAAUGCAUUAUCAUAAUCCGAACGAAAUGCCAAAGUAUUUGUUUGGCGAACGAAAUAAACAACAGCACUACCAAAAGCCGAUUAAAUCCGAUGAAAUUUACUUGAAUAAAUCGGGAUGGGUACAGGUUCGAGAACCGUAUAACAAUAAUAUUAACCACCACACCACCACCAACAGCAACAACAACAACAGCAAAAAUAACGGCACAAACAAUUCAUUUCAAAAAUACAGCAACACCAAUUUUGUACAAUCAAACAGCAAUACAAGCAAAUUGGAGGCGCUUAUAUCACGCAGUGAAAUUCGUAAGGUAAAAUGUACCAUUGAUCCACAAUUGUCGGCAAUGUUAAGCGAACGGCCUGGUUUUUUGCCAAUUAAACAGUAUGAUGACAAUGAAUCACCGCCACCGAUAACGCCAAUCAUUUCACCGCCGCCAGCAUUUCAAGACAGCAAAACAAUUCGCCAAACAUCGAAAUUGGCAUCAACAAAUGGUGGCCAAGACCCAAGCACCGCUAAAGGAAUGGUUUUUUCACGAAGCUUUGAAUAUGAUACACGAAAACCAUACGAAUACGAUCACACAUUUUCGAAAAGUUUUGAUUAUGACUUUCUAAGUCCAACAAAAGAAGAGGCAAAAAUUGAAAAAGAAAAUGCAUUUCCGAGCUUAACAAGCGUUUCAACGAAUUAUCUACCGGAAAGACCGGAUAAGACGAGAGCAAAUAACCGCGAACCAUCGAUGAAUGUGUAUCAACAAUAUUUGGAGCCAAAAGAAUACAUUGAAUCUUCAACGCGUAAGACACGCGCUCGUUCAACAUAUUCGUUACGGUCGGAAGUGAUUGAACGACCGGUAUCACGUUCACGUCAUGGACACGUGCCAAAACAAGAUUCAUCCUCAUCUUCGGGCAGUCUAGCCGGUUUCCGUGCACAUCAAAAUUCAAUCAGCAAACGACUGAAUUCAUGCGAUAGCGGAGCUCGUUCAGAUUUGUCUAACGAUGAAGCGGAUGAGGAAGAAGGGCCACCGAAUAAAACUCAACGUGCACGUCAUAUAUACAAUCAACAACAGCCGAAUCUUAGCCUCAAGCAACGUUCGUUAACACCCGAAAAUUUAACAGAUGAUCAAAUAACAUUUCAUCGAAACAAAACACAAACAAGUGAAAAGCGCUUAAAUCACAGUUCUUUCGAGGGAUCCCAAGGAUCCUUAUUGGAUAAGAAUUUAAUACGAAAUAAUACACUUGACCGUCAACACCUAAGAGUGCCCGAAAAAACAUUCAUUUCGUCACGAAGUUCAUCCAGCUCAAGCUGCAGUGAAGCUGAAAAUGAACUCAUUGGCUUUAGACGAUCCAAAAAUCGUACAAGUGGAAAAUCUAUCGGGGAGAAUCGCAUUAGACGAUCUAGAUCACUUCAACUAACUGAACGAUCGCCAAAUCGGACAAAAAUGCAUAAAACUGUCGUUCAAAUCAGUGGCAAUAAUGGACAAAAAGAGAGACAAAUUAAUCGAGUCGCAUCGGCAUUGGUGAAUCGACGGCUCAUAAAUACAAAUGGUAACAAUAAUCGACUGACAGUGACAAAUGAACGACAAUAUAAAGAUGUGAGAAAUGCUGAUUUGGAAAAGAGUCGCUCAUUGGAUUCCGAAUACGAGCGAUUUCAGGGCAAUUCACGAACUGAGUUUGACAAGAGUCGGUCGUUUGACGAGAAUUAUAGUGAUCAAUUGGCACAAUCAAAGUAUUUGGAUAGUUAUCAAAAUAACAUGAAACAAUCGAUUCCAAUGAAACCAGGCAGUCCACAAAACUAUGGAAAUCGAUAUUACGAACAUGAUGUCAUUUAUGAUAAAUCAAGAAAAUCUUUAACACGCUCACCAUUGAUGGCAUAUAAGCACGAUGGAAAGAAUGCACAUGCAAAACAUCAACAAAUCCGUGGCAAAAGAGACGAUGAACGUUCGCCAAAUUUGAAUCGUGAAAGUAUGUAUAGAUCAAUGACAAAAAGUUUUGAUCACUUACAAUCGGCAAUACCGGCACAAUCGAUCCAACAAAAUGCAUCAUCGAUGCGAGAUCAUUCGCCAACAAAACGUGUACACUCGAAUCACAAAAAUGCAUCGUUUGGUUCAGAUUAUGAUUUAAAUGCAAGCGAUUUCAAUGUCAGCUACGAUAUCCGUGGCAAUGGUAAAAAUGAUAAAGAGGCAAAACUUAUGUCCGAAUAUUACUUUGGCAAUGCGAAAGCAAAUGCGGAAUCGUAUUUGAAUCAAAGACGUCGUGAUACGACCAAAGCGUCAGCCAUCCCAUCCGCAAGUUUCAGUUGCGCUAAUAUGUCGUGUGCUUGUGGUCAAACGGGUAAUCAUAGUGAUAGUGGAUUGAUUGACAACGCAAAAAUAUCAAAAUAUCGAUCAUCAAUUCCAUCAAAUAAUGUGCGUACGAAAAAUGAUUCAAUUGCAUUAUGUAACGAACAUAAAUCAAAGCAUGCGACACGGAUUAAAGCCCAUGCCGAACCAAUAUAUGUGAAUCGCAUACAAAAUCGAUUAGUGAACUAUAAUAUUGAUAAUAAUGAAAGUGAUUAUUAUUAUAAUACCGUUGAAAAUGACGAUGUCACCAACGCCGAACGAAUAAUAAAUGUCAAUAAAACGAAAAGUAAUUACAAAUUAAUGGGAAAACCACCGUCCGGUGAACGAUAUUUGAGAGGCUUUUAUGGUUUAUCGUUAGAUGAACGUGAAAUGCCAAUAACACGUGAACGCUCAAAGCUAUUGCAAACAAAUAACAUAAAACGAUGUGUUGGUGAUGUCAAAAAACCAACCAAAUUAUCUGGAUCACCAAAAUUAUUGCGGUCAUCAACGUGCGAUGCUUAUCAAAGCCGUGGAAAGAACAGGUCUCCAGUGUUUGGGAGUCGAUAUCACAGCAACAACGGUAGCAAUGGCAACAACAACAACGGCAACAGCAUUGGAGCGAAGAUAAGAGAAUUAGAUCGAUUACGGAGCCGCUCUUUGCCAUGCUUAUUCAUGCGACAUAGUUGUACCACCGGCAAUGAGACCCGCGUGCCUGUCCCUCAUUUAACACCACAAAUGAGGGCCGUAUCAAGUCCAUCACUAUGUGAAAAUCCUCUCGAUACGGUUAAAUGUUCAAAGAAACCUCGACGCGACGAAGUUGUACAAACCGUUGAAACACAUCCACCGAUAAGCAAUCCAACAUCGACGACCAGUGUUUUACAAAAGUUUCGAAAAACAUUUUCGAAUUUAAAAGGAAAAUCAUCAUCGAUUGGUUCGAAUAAUGGUCCACUUGGUCCAGUCAAUGGUUCAAACCAUGUAUCAAACAAUUCAUCGAUCGGAUCGAUAAAUAGUAAUAAUACACAUUCAAUGAUUAGCACGACAAAUCCAUCAUUUGAUAAUGCUGACAUAAUAAAAUAUCGCUUCGGCCCAUUGAUAUGGCGGACGAGUAAAGAGCGUCGUAAGACGAAACAUCAUCGUCGUGACAAAUGCAACAGUGGCGAUUCCGGCAUUCAAGUUGAAUUGGAAAAUGAUGAAAAUGUAUCAAAUGACGUGACCGACUGUUUGGAUGCAUCGCCAUCAUUUAAUGUACGUGUUCGUCGCGCCAAUUCAGCAAAGAUUGCGUCCAAUUCAAUGGCAUCGGCAGCUAAAGCACGAGUUUUAAAGCGAAACGAUUGCGGUUCCGACAAACUAUACUUAACAACAAUUCCGGGUCGUUCACUCAGCCAACCAUUCGGUCUAAAUCAAAUCGCACCAUAUGCCGAUGAUAGUGACACUGACACUGAAGCCAUUGCAAUGGAAAAUGGUAUCGAUCAACAAAUUGUAUACGCUGAAGUGUUGUACACAUUUAAAGCGGUCGGUGCUGAAGAGUUAAGCCUAGAACGUGGUGCGCUCGUUGAAAUACUUCGCAUGGAAUCUGGACCAUGGUGGUGGGGACGAAUCAAACAUGAUGCAAUUCUGAGUGGACCACAAAAUGAACCACGUCAAGGAUGGUUUCCAAGAGAUUUUGUCAAAGUUAUUGAACCAUUUCCACGGCCCAAUAAAAAUGUGAACAUUCAACAAGCGAGCAUUCAACUACCAACAGAUCUUAAUAACUGUGAUAUCGAAUAUGUUCAAAAACCAAUUUCACCAGUUUUAUCAAAAUCACAUGAAAUAAAUGGCUCGGUGCAACCCAAUCAAAUGACCAACGAAGCAAUGAAGGAGAAUGUCAUUCGUGAGCUGCUCGAAACUGAAGAAAACUAUGUGAAACUAUUAUCAUCGCUAUGCAUCGGAUAUCUGAAAGAGCUCCGACAACAUCCAAGCGUUUUUCCAACCGAAAGUUUAAUCCUCAUAUUUUCAAAUAUUGAAAAGAUUUUUCGCUUUCAACAAAAGUUCCUCGAUGGAUUGCGCUAUGGCAUCGAGCACAAUAAAAUUGCUGAGACAUUUUUGGAAUUUCAAUCGGAUUUUAUGGUUUACUCAACUUAUUGUAAUUCAUAUCCACGUGCACUGAUGGAAUUGGAAACCUAUACAGGGAAUUCGGAUGCUAUGGCUCUGCUAGAAAAUUGCCGUACUCAGCAAAACUUACCGGAAUUGCCAUUAUCUGCACAUUUACUGGCGCCAAUUCAACGCAUUUGUCGCUAUCCAUUGCACUUGAGUGAACUAGUCAAACAUUCACCGUCGAAACAGGAUCUAAUACGAAUGCAUGAAGAAAAUGGUGAUCGUGUAGACACCGAUUUACUCGAUUCGAAAGAAGCAUUUGAACAAGCAUUGGUGGCUAUGAAACGUGUUACGGAAAUGGUUAACGAAGGUAAACGGCAUAGUGAAUAUUUGUCGCGCAUCCAGGCCCGUUUCGACAAUUAUGAAGGUCCACCAAUUAGUGUUCACAGCACACGACUUUUUCUGCAAAUUGAUGCAAUUCGCAUGACGCCCAACAUCUGGAACAAUACGUAUACACUAUUUUUGUUCGAUCGACAAUUGAUUUAUUGUAAAAAGGAUUUACUCAAACGUACCAAUUAUAUAUAUAAGGGUCGAAUAUUCUUAGAUAGUUGCCGUAUUCUAAACUUGCCCGAUGGCCGAAUGUUUGGUCUUACGUUGAAAAAUGCGUUGCGUAUAUUCUGUGAGACGCGAAAAAAAUGGCUGGAUUUUUGUUUUCGCAGUGGCAGUAGUAAGCUGCGAUUUUUGAAUACAUUAUCAGCUGAACGACAAUUUUGUGGUCAAAGCUUAUUUGUGUCAGAGAUAGCUGGCAUUGAUGAUGAAAUAUUUGAUCGUGAAUUUCAGCCAAACAAUGAUUAUGCGUGCAGUGAUUCACCACCAGGUGGUAGUAGUCCAGAUGAUGCAUCGUUGCAUAUCAGUGAGCGUGGCAUUGAUGUGGACAAUUUAAACGAUUGCCCAGUAACAAAUGAAAAACGCAAUUUAAUUCCAUCACCAAAGCAUGAGAAAUUCAAAAAAUCCGACACACUUCCAAAGAAAUCACGUAAAUUAGGCAAAGAACCAAAUCAAAUGAGUUUUGAUUAUCAAUCGAAUUCGUUGGGACGCAAACGCAUUGGAAACUGGUUUCGAAAGGCAAAAAGUACGAAUUCAACACCGUCACAAAGUCCAACACAUCAACCAAUUAUUGUAACGUCCGUGAGCUCAGAGGAAAGCUCAACACAAAGUAGUCCAGCCAUGGAAGGCAGCCGACUCUCACACAAUAACACCAAUAAAACGAUAACCUCAUCAUCCUGAGAAUACGAGAGCACUCUUUUAUAAGAGAUAUCUACUAAGCGACCAUUAUUUCUGUAAAAAAAAAAAAUAAUUAAAGAGCCACCAAAACAUUCUUAUCAUUUAUGAAAUGGUGACAUUAUGAAGAUUUUCAUUCUUGCCAACCUAUCGACUCGAUUGAAUUUUCUCUUUUGUGUUAAUAUUCCAUUGUUUUGUGUUUUUUUCAUUUAUAAAUCACUUUGUUUGCAUAUUAUUAUACGAUUGUUUAGUAUUUAUUAACUUUUAGUUAUCGUGUGAUCAUUAUUACAUAUACAUCCAAAGCGCGAAGAGAGAGAAAGGGAAAGGGAGAAUUUCUUUUGAAAUACGAAAAUAAAUGGAAAAAAAUUCCAAAACAAAAAGUAUAAUGCAAGAAAAUAUGACUGUUUCAAAGAUAAAUUAAUGAAUUUAAUUAUCUACAUUUAUCUAAAAUAACUUAAAACAAAAAUAAUCAAGACAUAUUAAAUGAAAUUCAUUGAAUUUAAAUAAUGAUACUAACUGAGAAGAGUCAACGUAUUAAACGACCCCAUUUAGAUGAAACUUAAAAAAAAACAA